GCAAGCAGAAUUGGGAUUCCGUUUUUGAUUGUUUAUUGUUGAAUUAGAAACUAUACGGAAACCAUGUCUUUUCUCCAUAAACUAUCCAGAUUUACAACACAAGUAAAAGUCCACGCACUCAACAGGCAGCUGACCGUAUCAACGCGAGUUCGGAGCAUUACAAACAAUGAAGCUACCGAUGAGCCGGAAAGUGCAAGCAAAGGUGGUUUUGCACGUGCAUUUGAGAAAUAUACAGCUCCUCCACAGCCAGAAGAGGCGCCCGUGGAUAAUCAAACUUUUGCAUCGCUUCUGCGCACCUCCAAGUUCAUAGAUCUGGGCAGCGCAGAUGGCAAGGUUGUGUCUGGUAAAAUCUUUCAUGUUGUCGGUGAUGAUCUUUACAUAGAUUUUGGCUGGAAGUUCCACUGUGUGUGCACGCGUCCAGCACGCAAUGGAAGCGACUACGUAAGAGGUGCCCGCGUUCGUUUGCGUGUCAAAGACUUGGAGCUGUCCACUAGAUUUCUGGGAUCAUCUAAAGACUUAACCAUCCUGGAGGCAGAUUGCCAGCUUUUAGGUCUAAUAUCAACACCUACACGUCAAAAUGCACCAAAAGGAACAGGAGCGGCAACAACGGGAGUAACAGGAGCUAUUAAAAUGGAAAAUUUAUUCUAAACCAGUUCAGAGUGCAAUAUUUACAGAAAUUAAUUGUAUCAGGUGCCGUCAGUUAUAAAUUGAAAAACUUCGUAA